UUACCAUCUACUUUGUAGAUUCACAACAAACAAAUAAUUCUGUCUUGUUUUUGAGAUUUAUUUUUUUUUUCAACAACCUAACAACCAGUGUGAUCCAAUCACAAUAAUCAUGGCAUAUUGUAUUUGGUCAACAAAAAAUUUAUCAUCAACAAAAAUCAUUCCAUUAUUCAUAAUUACUACCAUCAUAUUCAUUACCAUUAUACAGUGUGAAUUUCAAAAAUGUACACCACGAUAUUGUCUUUUACAAAAAUGUCCAGAUAAACCAUGUAAAGGUGAUAAUAAAAUUUUAUUCCAUAAUGUUACCACUUGUGGUUGUUGUAAUGAAUGUGUUGAAGAACUUGAGGAAAAUGUUGAUUGCGUAUUGGAAAUGAAAGGUAUUAUACCGGAUACACAAUGUGGUCCACAUCUUCGAUGUGUUAAAAAAACCAGAAAUGAAUGUGAUGUUAAUGCCAUCUGUCGGAAAAUUGGCGAUAUUGAAAGUGAAGAUCCAAAUUCAGAACAUGGUUGUGAAUAUGAAAAACAACGAUUUGAUCAGAAUCGAUUUCAGAUGCAGCCAUAUAGUUUACGGCCAGAAUGUGAUCAAUUUGGUGAUUAUAAAAUUCGUCAAUGUAAAAAUGGAACAUUAUGUCAAUGUGUCAAACAAUAUAAAGAUAAUAAAACUGGUAAAAUCAAAACAAGACCAAUAUUCGGUACAGAUAUCUAUACAAAUGCAGAUAAAAUGAAUUGUCUUUGUUCAUAUCAAUUUGAAAAUGUCAAUGAAAAAUUACGUGAAAUGAUACAUUCAUUAAAAGAGAAUGAACGUUGGGAAAUAUUACCGGAUAUUGAAAAAUAUAAUCAACAUCGUGAUAUGGAUCCAAUUUUUUUUGUACGUUGUCAAUCGAAUGGAAAUUUUGAACCAUAUCAAUCAUAUGGAAAUUAUUCUUAUUGUGUUGAUGAAAAAACUGGCCGUGUACAAGAUAGGCCUGUACUUAUGGAACAUGCAUCAGAAUUACCAUGUUAUUCACAUCGAUAUCCGUUUAAACGUGGCGAUGAUAGCUGUAUUUCACAUUAUAAUCGUACUGUGAAUGAAUAUUAUAAAUUACAAAAUGAACAUGGUUUCAAUGUGAUUGCAUUCGAUUUACCAAAUUGUGAUCUUGAUGGUACAUAUGCACCAAUACAAUGUGAAAAUGAUAAGUGUUAUUGCGUGAAUAAAAAAGGUAAAAAAUAUAAUGGAAUAAUAGAUGGAAAAAAAUGGGAUUACGGAAUCGAUCGUAUUGAUCAAUAUUUUGGUUCAACACAACAAUGUUCCUGUCUACGUAAUAAAAAUCUAAUUCGUGACAUUGGUAAACGUGAUAAAAUAACGGAAUUAUUUAGUAAAUAUCAAUGUGAUAUAAAUGGCAAUUAUUUACCAUUACAAUGUUCAAAUACUGAUUGUUAUUGUGUUGAUCAAAUAACUGGACAUGCAAUAUUGGAUGAACAUGGAUCAAUGCAGAUUGCAUUGAAAACUGAACAGGAACAGAUACAUAGAUUAUCAUGUUAUCGUAAUUAUCCGGAUGAACAUAAAAAACGAUUGGAUAAAAGUAUACAUGAUAUUGGCUAAUCAAAAUCGAUUCAUUUGGCCAUAAUCACAUUUACCGAAUAUAUACGUACACACACAAAUACACACAAACACGAUCUAUGAUUGAUUGAUUGAUAAAAAUGAAGAAAUGAAAAAAUAAAGAA